CCUCAGGGGAUUGAAACGCGUUGUUGUUGGAGUAUCGAACGAAGUAUGGUGUCAGAGUACUUGUUCUAUAGCAUAUUAUGGGGAAACAUGAACAAGUAGACGCGUAACUGUGCAUUUUCCGCCGACUACUGGUGUCUGAGAAACGUAUUUGAGAUUGCCUAUGUAAGACAAGAAAUGGCUCAUUCAGCGAAUGUCAGCGCUCUGACGGACGAGCUUAUUAUCAUAAUUACGAACACGCCAGACAAGGGCAGCCGUCGUUUCCACAGGUUGAAAUCUCUCGUUGAGAGGACUCUGAAGCAGAACAAUGCUGGAAGAACAGACCAUCUGGAGGUUGCGAAGCGGCUUGAUGGUCUCCAAGAAAAGUUUCAAGUUUUAGACAAUGAUGCUCUUUCCGACGCGCUUCAUUCGCGACUGGAAGAGCUGAAUCAGAGGAGGAUCCACCGGGCCCCUGAAGCCUUGUCUUUACUCCUAGAACUCUCAGAUAGGCCAGCAGUACAUUCCACCAUCGAGGACUUGGACUUACUUCGACGACCAGCUUCACCACCUCCUUUAACAUGGAGUGAUAUUUAUGCAUCUGACCCUCUAAGUGACGAGGAAGAGAUUUGGCAGGAUAUUGAUUAUGCUGCACUUACCUCCGGUGACGAUCUAUCAAGCACAUCGAGCGGCGUAUCUAUCCCCCGAAUUGUUCCACAGCGGUCCAAAGUUCCCCUGGAUGAUUUUAAGACUCCAGAUACUUGCUUCUUACCAGUUGAAGAUGAGAUAUUGCUCUCACGCAUUCAGGAUCUUGAGCUCUGGAGAAAUAGGGUCGCGCAAACUAAUCGACCGACGAACGAUGAUGACUUGUAUCUUACAGAGUUACAAGUAAUAAGAGAGACGAUAUUUAUGCUUCAGGGCCUCCCCACCACCUUAUUCUGGUAUUUAGACGACAGCGUUGAGGUUGAUCGAAGAUUUAGAUUGCGUCAUGCAUCACCAAUCGCCUUUGGGAACUUGCUUCGCUCAUUUAGUGUCCUAGGAGCCCAAUUACAUGUUAUUCGGCGAUUUGCACAGCAUCCCCAGAAGCUUCAAUUUAUGCAGAUGUUUCAGCGUGAGGUGGAAUUUCACUUGUGUAGAUUUAACAAAGACCUAUCGAAUAUGGAAGCAGAACACUCUGGAACAGCUGAGUCUUCUACGCCGAGUUUGAUUCGACUCUUCUCAAAUGUGUACGAGGAAACGUCUCUGCUACGAGAACUGUCAGAUCUCAUCAACAAACUAGCGGAUCAGUCGCCAAAUGAGGCGUUCCAAUGCCUAGAUCUGCUCUAUGAUCUUGUUUGUUCGAAACAGGCAUGCGGAGACGAUACAACUUUCCAGCAUGUGGCUAAGAUAUUUUUCAAAUGCUUCGAAGUCUACGCAAGGCCAAUAAGACUGUGGAUAGAAAAAGGACAGCUGGACAAGACUUUGGGUACAUUUUUUGUCUCUGACUCGGGAAAGCAACUCACCGACCUGAGAACACUCUGGCACGAAUGGUUUGUACUGGAUGAGGUUCAUGGACGACUUUAUGCGCCUGAUUUUCUACGUCCUGCGGCCAAGAAGAUUUUUACCACUGGCAAAAGUAUGAUAUUCAUUCGCCGCCUUGGCUUGGAUCCAGAUGUUUUAGAGACUCCAAAAUGUAUGAACAUUUCAUAUGAGAAUAUCUGUUCAUCCGACCACUUCUCCCCCUUGCUACCGUUCUCAGUACUGCUAGAGUACUCAUUCGAUCGACUCAUUGACUCCAACCACACUUUUGCUUCGAACUUGCUUCGGAAACAACUUGACGAGCAGUGUGGCCUGUGGAUUUCGUUGGAGGCGCUUGAAUACAUAUACCUAGGAAAGGAUAUGUCACUUUCCUCGAUAAUCGAUCACGAAGUAUUCGACUUGAUCGAUAAAGGAAUUCAGUCCUGGAAUGAUAGGUUCUUCCUUACCGAGCUAGCACAAGGAACAUUCGGUAGCCUAGCAUGCAUCGACCCCAGUCGCCUCAUAAUCAGAUCGAAGCAGAUCGGGCUACAGGAUUUUGAAUAUCACUGUCGCUCCGCCCAGAUCUUGAAGGCGAUCGCCAUGGACUAUAUUCUUCCAUGGCCAGUGGCUAAUAUCAUCACAAAACAGUCGCUUUCGGCAUAUAGACGUGUGUCAACCUUCCUAAUGCAAAUACGACGAGCCAAGUACGUCGUGGAGCGACAGCGUCUCCUGAGAUCGCUACAUUCCGAGACCGAAAGCGAGAAGAAAGACGAUAUCCUCGGGUAUAGCAUUCGACACCACCUCCUCUGGCUUCUAAACGUCCUCUACGCACAUCUCACACAGCUUGUCAUCUGCACGUCGACUACAAUCAUGAAGGAAGCGCUAUCGAAAGCGAAAGAUGUAGAUGGGAUGAUAGCCGCUCACGAAUCGUACACCUCGUCAUUGGAAGACCAAUGCCUCCUGUCCCCCAAUCUCACUCCUAUUUACCAAGCGGUCAUAUCCCUUCUUGACCUGUGCAUACACUUCUCUGACAUUCAAAUCUCACGUCACGGCGACAACCAAUUCGACCAGGGAAACAGGAAAUCAUUCCAUUCGUCCUCCGGGCGUCGAUACAGGACUAGUGGUAGUCUGCAUCAGCGGCGUCGUCGUUCACGGUCCCGAGAGAUUGAAUCUAGCUCUGUUGCAGAUGAUGAUAGCGUAGAUGAUGCUGAUGAUAGCAUGAUGGACGAGGGAAAUUUAACCAGUGUCUCCUUUAUUGAGACCUCAUAUAGGAAACGAUUAAUAGGCGUUAGGGAUAAAUUCGAACAUCUAUGUUCGUUCAUUACGGCAGGGUUGCGGGGAAUGGGACGGGUGGAUGGCCACAAUAGUUGGGAGAUUCUCGCAGAGAAAUUAGAGUGGAGGAAGAGUAGAGGUGGACAUGUAUGAUGAGUUGUCGAAGAUAGAGUUAGAGGCAUCCUAUGUCCGCCUGGCAAAUGCCACGAGCCAGGUUGAUUACUACAUAUAUUGUACGCCCUAUAAUUAUCGAUACCGGGGCUUCUGAUCUAAGCUAUCCUGAAAUACUCGUGCCAAAUACCCGAAGAGCUAGCUUAACGAGAUCCGCGUCCUUAUAUACAAUCAAAACUCGAGUCUGUUUAUAUGUUUUCUAUAAUUACCUAGUAUGAAUAUGAACAUGCGACUCUCGGUGCUCAACAUGCAAAAGAAAUAGAGAGGUGCGUAAGAAAGAAGCCACAAGUAGGGCGGUAGUAGAUGGGGAACAUGACAAUUGGUACACUUCGUAGCCAAGAAUGGAACAGCAGAAUAUAUCAGGGUAACUUUAUAACUGGAACAAACCUAGGUCACGAGAGAUGUAAUGACAAUCAAAAAG